AUGGCAGACCCGGCGACGGGCUACGCCUCUACGUGGAGAAGACGUGCCUCGAGCAUGUCCACAGCUCCCCACCUCGGCUACGACAAUGCUGAUCUGGCCAACGCUAUUCCCUCCGACUCGACCGCACCGAUCGCCCAGCUCGACCGCUUGUCUUCGUCGAUAGGAGCCAUACCCAGUUCCCUGAACCAGAGGGAGCCGAUCCCCCCCAUUGAUAGCGCGCAGAAUGCCCGAAGCGUUCGUGACGACACCGCCGAACUGGCCAGCUACCUCCUCUCGGACAGGCCACCACAGCACAGCCCAUCCUUCCUAGGCCGCAAGCGGUGGUCCUCCGAGUCUCCCUUGCCCGACGGCGGCAGCCCGUCGGGCCAAGGCCGUAAAAGAUGGUCAGCAGAAUCCCCGUUCCCGGAUGCAGCCCACGGCACGGCGGUCGACGGCUCCAUACGAGGCGCGAACACCAUCCAGGAGGUCUCCGAGCCUUCAUCGCCUGAAAACGGUCGGGAUACAGCAGCAGCAAUCGACGACGAGGGCCCGUCCGUACUGGCCAAUCUACUCAGAAAAUCCCCGUCAGAAGAACAGACAUCUGGAUCACCUUUGCCUCGACGAAGCCGGACACAGGAGCCCUUCGAUCGUAGCGGUGAUGACGACGACGACGACGGCCAAGGCCCAGGCGUGGUAUCGCCGCCUCCCUCGUGGUUGCGCCGCGGGAAGCUGCCGGACUCUGCUCUCCCGGAAGGAGAAGACCCGUCGGAGAAUACCCCGCUGCUCAUCAGACAGUCCCCCACGGGCGAGGUUCCCGGCCUCGAUACCGAGGCGCAGAAGCUCGUGCCUUGUAAAAAGUGGUUCAGCGGCCUGGUUGACAGCGUGCAUAGCGUCGAGCGCGGCACCACCGGCGCAUGGCCUUUGGUUGUCAACCCGAAGCGGUGGGAUUCCAAGGCUAUCUGGGAAAAUCUCGUCGUGGCACCGGCAUCGUGCAUGCCCGCCGUGUGCGUGGGUCUCUUGCUCAAUAUCCUGGAUGCGCUGUCUUACGGCAUGAUUCUCUUCCCUCUUAGCAAACCCAUCUUUGCCCACCUGGGCUCGGCGGGAAUAUCCAUCUUCUACGUCAGCACAAUCAUCUCCCAGCUGACUUUUUCCUCGGGGAGUAUCUUUAAGGGAGCUGUCGGCUCCGAACUCAUUACAGACCUCGUGGGCAAAGAGAAUGGCGAUGCUGUCAUUGCGACGACGGUUGUUUCCUAUUCGCUAAGCGCAAUGCUUACCGGCCUUGUCUUCUACCUCAUGGGCAAGUUCAAGUUUGGCUUCAUGGUCGGCUUCAUCCCGCGUCACAUCCUCAUUGGCUGCAUCGGAGGUGUCGGCUGGUUCCUGGUGGCGACGGGCUUCGAGGUCUCUGCCCGUCUGGAGGGGAGUAUUCAGUAUGACUUGGACACGCUGCACAAGCUCACCCGACCUGAGGCUCUACCCCGGUGGAUCCUGCCCCUGGUCCUGGCCGUGGUGCUCUUUUACGGACAGUCCAAGUUCACCUCCAAGUACUUCCUGCCCAUGUACAUUCUGGCCAUCCCGGCGGUCUUCUACUUCUUCGUGCUGUCCCUGGACGUCCUGGACCCCGACAGUCUGCGGGACAGUGGCUGGAUCUUUGACGGCCCCCCGGCUGGCGAGCCUUGGUGGUACUUUUACACACUCUUCAAGUUUCACUUGGUCCGUUGGGAUGCCGUUGCCGAGUGCAUCCCCGCCAUGUUUGCACUCACCUUCUUCGGAAUCCUCCACGUGCCCAUCAACGUGCCCGCCCUUGCCCUCCAGUCCGGUGAAGACAACGCCGACCUCGAUAGCGAGCUUCGCCUGCAUGGUUUUUCCAAUUUCAUGUCUGGAUGUCUGGGAAGUAUCCAGAACUACCUCGUCUACGCCAACACCGCCUUCUUCAUGCGGUCUGGUGGGGACAAGAGACUUGCCGGGUUUCUGCUCGCACUCCUCACGUUAGGUGUCAUGACGAUUGGCCCAUCCCUGAUUGGAUUCAUACCCGUUAUGAUGGUGGGGACCCUCAUCUUUGACCUCGGCUUCGAGCUGCUCUUGGAAGCUGUGUGGCUCCCGCGGAAGAAGCUCAAGGUCGCCGAGUACGUGACGGUUAUCAUCAUUGUUCUGGUCAUGGGAAUCUACGACUUCGUCAUCGGCAUCGGCGUAGGAAUCUUGCUGGCGUUUGUGUCCCUCAUUGUGCAGACGUCAAGGGUCUCGGCCAUCAGAGGCACCUUUACGGGCGAGACGGUCAGCUCCACUGUCCGCCGUAACCCUUCGCAGCACCGCUACCUGCAGCAGGUUGGCAGCCAGAUCUACAUGCUGAAGCUGACAGGCUAUCUCUUCUUCGGCACCAUCGUGAGCGUCGAAGAAAAGAUCCGCUCCGUCCUCGAGCACGACGCCUUUACCGCGAACCCGAUCAAGUUCCUCAUACUCGAUCUGUGGAACGUCAGCGGCCUCGACUACUCGGCCGGCGAGGUGUUCAACACCAUCAGCCGUCUCCUCGACAAGAAGGGCAUCGUCUUCGUGCUCAGCGGUGUCGACACCGACAGUCAGAUGGGCCGCAACCUGCGAGCCGUAGGCCUAGGGAGCAGCGGCGUGGACGUGACGAUGCUGCCGGACCUGAACUCGGCACUGGAGAGCUGCGAGAACGAGCUGCUCAAGAUCCUCUACAUGCGACAGCAGGAGAUGUACGCGACAAAGCGCACCUCGGGCUCGACGGUGGGGGGUCUGGACGUGCCUGCGGCCAAGCGCUCGAGUUUCUCGUCGUUUGAUCCGCCGUUCAACUCGCCCCGUCGCACGCACCUCGUCGAGGCGGCAAGCGACGCCCUGCAGACGGAUGAGGUCCAGCGGACCACCAAGUGGCAGAGCUUCAAGGAACCCCUGCGCCUGAUGCUCCAGAUCUUCCAGGGGCUCAGCGACAAGAACGAGGACUUCUGGUUUCCGGCCACCAAUUAUUUCAGCAACGUGAACCUGGCGCCCGGCACCGUCCUGUUCCAGCGCGGCGACGAGGCCAACGGCUUCUACCUCGUGGAGAGGGGCAUCCUGAGGGUCGAGUACGACCUGCCGCAGGGUUGGCUGUGCGAGAGCAUCAUGGCCGGCACGACGUGCGGGGAGCUGCCCUUCUUCUCCGACACGGAGAGGACCGCCACGGCCUCGGCCGAGAGGGAGUGCGUCGUCUGGCGCAUGGACCGCAACAUGUGGAGCAGGAUGCAGAGAGAAGAGCCUGAGAUUGCGGGAGAGCUGCUCAGGGUGUCGCUCAAGCUGACGAGCGAGCGCAUGGGUGCCAUCACCUCGUAUGUCAUGACCAUGGCAGGGUAG